AUGGCUGCUGUGUCUCUGACCAGAUGCCAGGACCCAGUGACAUUCGAGGAUGUGGCCAUAGUUUUCACAGAUGAAGAGUGGAGGCAUCUGGUCCCUACUCAGAGGGACCUCUACAAGGAGGUGAUGCUGGAGAACUACAAGAGCAUCGUCUCACUGGGACUUCCAGUACCUGGACCUGAUGUGAUUUUUCAGUUGAAGAGAGGGGAUGAGCCUUGGCUAGUGGAGUUUCAUGGAUUUGAGGGGAAAGAAGGUGCAGAGAAUGUCUCUUUAGAUUGGGAGACUAAGCCUGAGAUUCAAGGUACUUCAGAAGAAGAAAAAUCAGAAGGAUCAUUGAAGGAAAACCUUGGAAGAAAAGGUCCUCCAUCUCCUAAAUUUGAAGUUUAUGCACUGGAUGGCAGGUUGGGAACAGAGAAGGAAAGCCCUACAGUUGAGGCCUGCAAGAAACCCCCUUCUCUGGAGGAAAGCUUGCGGCACAGGGCAACCCCUCCCAAGAAAAUUCUCACUAAAGAGAGAGACCAGGAAUGCAGCAACUGUGGUAAGACCUUUUUUGACCACUCCUCCCUCAUCCGCCAUCAGAGGACUCACACUGGUGAGAAGCCCUAUGACUGUCCCGAGUGUGGGAAGGCCUUCAGCCACAGGAGCAGUCUCAGUAGACACCUGAUGUCACACACAGGCGAGAGCCCCUACGAGUGCAACGCCUGUGGGAAAGCUUUUUUCGACCGUUCGUCCCUGACUGUACAUCAGCGAAUUCAUACUGGAGAGAAGCCCUUCAAAUGCGGCGAGUGUGGAAAAGCCUUCUUUGACCGCUCGUCCCUUACCCGCCACCAGAGGAUCCACACUGGAGAAAGUCCUUAUGAAUGUAACCAGUGCGGGAAAGCCUUUAGCCAGAAAACUUUUGUCUUGCAUCAGCGAAUUCACACAGGAGAAAAACCCUAUGAAUGUAAUGAAUGUGGUAAAGCCUUCAGUCAGAGUAUACACCUGACUCUGCACCAGAGGAUUCACACGGGAGAGAAACCUUACAGAUGUCAUGAAUGUGGGAAAGCCUUCAGUCACCGCUCAGCCCUUAUUAGGCACCAUAUAAUUCAUACUGGGGAGAAACCUUAUGAAUGCAAUGAAUGCGGGAAGGCCUUCAAUCAGAGUUCAUACCUCACUCAACAUCAGCGAAUUCAUACUGGAGAGAAACCUUACGAGUGUAAUGAAUGUGGGAAGGCCUUUAGCCAAAGCACAUUCCUUACCCAGCAUCAGGUCAUCCACACUGGAGAGAAACCCUAUAAGUGUAAUGAGUGUGGAAAAGCUUUUAGUGAUCGCUCAGGCCUCAUUCAGCACCAGAGAACUCAUACCGGGGAGAGGCCUUAUGAGUGUAACGAAUGUGGGAAGGCCUUUGGAUACUGCUCAGCCCUGACUCAGCACCAGAGAACUCACACUGGGGAGAAACCCUACAAGUGCAACGAUUGUGCCAAAGCCUUCAGUGACCGUUCAGCCCUUAUCCGUCAUCAGAGAACACACACUGGAGAGAAACCUUACAAGUGUAAGGACUGUGGAAAAGCCUUCAGCCAGAGCUCAUCUCUUACAAAGCAUCAGAAAACUCACACUGGAGAAAAACCCUAUAAGUGUAAGGAAUGUGGAAAGGCUUUCAGCCAGAGUUCAUCCCUCUCUCAACAUCAGAAAACUCAUUCUGGAGGGAAAAUCAGGGAAUAUGGAAAAGCCUUUAGUGAGCAUUCAGCCGUCAGCCAGCAAAAGAGAAUUGAUACUGGAUAA